UUCAGUAUUCUCCUACUCCUCUCUCUUCUUCUUCCUCUGGACCUCUGCCAUGGCGGGAGGCUUGUUCUAGGGUUUUCGCUCGGUUGGUUCGGUAUUCUCUUUUACGUUAGACGCGACGUUGUUAAGAGCUUUCUUUUUACAUUCUUGUUCUCUUUUAUGGUCGUUCUUUCUUUUGCUUUUGCUUCUUCUGUGGUAUGUCGGUUUGCACUCGUCAUUGUUCUGCUUCCUUUGUUCUUCGUUUGGGUGGAGUGUGUGUUUGUUUGUGAGUAUUUUUUUCGAAAUGGAGAAGAUCACUUCGCAUAUGAAACUUGCGGAGUCGAAACAGAGUAAUCUCUGUAAAGCGCACGAGCAGUUGCAUUCGGAGGCUUCGUCGUUUUUGUUGUUUAGUCUGCAAUGGAAAGACUUGGAGAAGCAUUUCGAUUCGACUCGGGAGAUGAUUCAGACGCAGUACGAAGCGCUUGAAGGAAGAGAGAAGGAGAUUGCCUUGAAGGAGAAGGAGUUGGUUGAUGUGGGGAAAUCUUUGGAUGAAUGCUCCGAAGCGCUUGAGUUGAAGAGGGAUGAACUGAGUAAGUUGAAUAGUUUGAUUGAGGAGAGUUAUGGUGAUCUUAGAUUGAAAGAGAAGGAAUUGGAUUUAGCCCAGGAGAGACUAGGAGUUUUAUUGAAGGACGUCAAAUUGAAAGAAGAUGAGGCUAAUAUGGUACGAAUGAGAAUCUUGGACGUUGAGAAGGAAUUUGAGCAUAAGGAAAAGGCAUUUGAUAUGGUUCGGAAAAAGAUUGAUGAUUGUGAGCAGGUGAUUGAAUCAAAAGAACAAGAAUUAAAUGGUAUAAUGCAGUUAAUCAAAGAGCGGUCAAUGGAAUAUGAGUUGCAGAGGAAGAGUGUAGAAUCAAUAAGAACAUUGCUACAAGAACAUGAAGAAGAACUUGUUACCAAGGAGAAGCAAUACGAUGCAAUUCAGAUGGCAAUUAAAGAGAGCAACGUAGAACUCAAACUGAAAGAAAAGGAACUCGAGUCAAUUCAAAAUAUGGUUGCCACGAAGUGGAAAGAGAAGAGGUUAGACAAGAUAGAAAAAAAUAUAAGAUUACGAACUGAAGAGCUUGAUCUUAAAGAAAAAGAGUUUGUUUUAAUGCAGAACAAGUUGAAGGAUCUUUCUGAGGAUUUGUUAUUGAAGGAGUCGGAAUUAAAUUCCAUUAAAAUGUGUAUCAAGGAACAUAGUAAAGAACUUGACAUGCAAGAAAAGCAACUUGACAGCACUCAACAAUCUAUUCGAGACUGUCAGAAUGAGGUUUUGUUGCUUACAAGAUAUGUUAGUUCAUUAGAAAAGGCAAUUAUCGAAUGCUCAAAGGAAUGGGAAUUGAAGGAGAAUCACGUUGAUGCAUUGCAAGUGUCUGUAGAUGACUACUCUAAUGAGUUGCCAUCAAUGGAGGAACAGCAAAAUUCCAUUUCUUUGAUAGUCGAUAAAUGCCUUGAGGGCCUAAGGGCUCAAAAAGAGCACUUCAAUUUGUUGAGAAAAUCUAUAGAAGAGCGCUCAAAGAAACUCAAGAACGAAGAAAAUGAUUUUGAAAGACGAACUGAGGAGCUCAACAGGAAGGAUGAGAAAGUGAGAAUGUAUCUGAAAGAGAUUGAAUUGGUAAAAGUAGAUAUGGAUUCACAGAUGAAGUUGCUUGAAAAAGGUCGUGAAGAACUAAGAUUAAAAGAAAUACAACAUAAGGUGCAGGCUGAGAAACUUGAGUUGAAAGAAAAAGAUAUUAGUGUAGUCAGAGAUUUUAUGGAAAAAUGUUCUGAUAAUGCAAAAUUGACAGAUAGUCCAAACACUCUUCAUCCGAAAGUAAAAACCGAGGAAGACCGCAGACAUGCCAACAGUUCUAACACACUGAAUUUUCAUGCUGGAGUGACCGUAGAUGGAAAGCUUUUGUUAGUUCUUUUAUGUGAGCAUCUAAAACUGCAUGAUUUGGUCCGUGCGGAACUGGUUGUUACUCUUCAAACAUCUUCAGAUCCUGCUAAGUUGGUUCUUGAUGCCAUGAGAUGGUUCUACCCUUCUCCACAGAUGGUGUCUGAAGAUGCAAAAAUUGAUUUGCAUAAUAUUAAGAGGGGGUGCGUUUUGCUAUGUGAAGUAUUGUUGAAGUUCUCACCACAAAUUACGCCUCCACUGAAAGAAGAAGCUCUAAAGCUGGCAGGCCAGUGGAAAGCUAGGAUGGGAGCGGUAGUUGAGAAUCAUGUGGAAGUGGUGGCAUUCUUGUUACUUGUAGCAAAUUUUGGGUUGGCCUCAGAUUUCAAUGCAGAUGAACUCCAAACUCUUCUGAAUUCUGUUUCUCAAUAUAAACAAGCAUUGGAGCUAGGCCGAGCACUUGGUAUUGCUGAUGAAUCUUCUGUGGGCAGGGCAACAUGCUUGGUUAAACUGGAGCAACGUGAAUCUUCACCAGCAAACAGCGCACCCGUAUCUUCCUUAAAAAAUGAGCAGCUCAGCAUGGAUCCAAAUGAGAGGAGAUUACAUCUACUUCUAAAUGAGCAGCUGACUGAACUUAAAUUGAUGCCAAGCGCAAUCUUAUCCAUUCUUAAAGAGUCAUCCGACCCACCAAAACUUGUCCUGGAUGUGAUUCAAGUGUCUUUUUAUCAGCAGUUGAAUAAGGGACAGAUAGGUUUGGAUGAAAAUUUCUUGAGGUGGUGCAUACUUCUUUUAAAACAAUUAAUGCAAAUCUCACCAAAAGUUGAUGCCAAGUUGAGAGAAGAUGCAAUGAAGCUUGCAGUUGUAUGGAAAUUGAACAUUGGAAGUGAUAAAAAUAAUUCUUUGGAGACUGUUUGCUUCUUGCAACUUUUAGUUUCAUUUGGAUUGACGACUUCAUUCAGUGAAGACGAGAUUUUGAAGCUUUUUGAGAGCAUAGUGCUGCACGAACAGGCGUCGGAUUUGUGUGCGAAGUUCGGCUUUACUCAAAAGAUAUAUGACCUUGUACAAAAUCUUAUUGGAACGAAGCAAUUUGUUAAGGCCGUCAGGUUUAUAUGUGGAUAUAAGUUGGAAUGCUUCCGACCUGUACAGAUCCUGAGCGAAUAUCUGCGAGAUGCAAGGAAUGCUACUCUAAAAGUCAGCAAGAAAAAGAAUACAGGUCAAGAAGACAUACGUGCGAUGGAUGAAGCCAUAGACAAAGAGAUUGAUGCUGCGAAGUCAGUAAUAUCAUGCGUUGCAGAUUGCAACCUUUCUUCUGAAAUCUCUUCUCAAGGGCUUGAAAAACUCAUUGUGUCACUUGAGGAGAUGAGAAGGUUGAAGUGCAACAGUCAAGUUCAACCGCCACGUCCGACCACAGUUGAAAUGAAACAGCCACCUCCCAUCAAUGCUCAAUCCCAAUGGUCACAUAAGGCCGAUAUCGAAGUGGAAUUUCCACAUCCCAUCAAUUUUCAAUCCCAACAGCCACAUAGGGCCGAUUGGGAAGCGCAACGUCCCCAUCCAACCAAGGGUGAAAUGCAACAACCACAUUUGACGAAGGCUGAAGCACAACAACAACCACCAUAUCCAACCCAUCACGCCCGACAGCAACGUCCUACACGUCAACCCCAACAGCAAUAUCCACCCAGCAUUACCGUACCGCAAGAGCUGCGAAAGACCAAACGUAAGGAUUAUCAGUUUCAAAACGGUUUAAACAAAUACCGUCGAAAAUCUCCACCUACUAGACCUGUGUUUUUAAGUUCAAGUCCUUCCGGACAUGAUGAAAAACCGAACUUUCAGCGGUACAACUCAAGAUUUUCCGGAAUGAAUGGGCUAUUUGGUCUCCAUGAGGGUGGUCAUGGAUCUACUGAACAUGGAAAUCAUUAUACGCGUGCACCCUGGCCUAGACCACCAUGACUUAAACCUAGUUGAUUUAUUCCAUGUUCUCAAGGUUCAAGAUGCUUGCCAAGACAACAGGUCUCUUUAUCUCUUCUUGAGGCGAGAGGUGACAAAAAGAUGUUGUCUUCAGCAAAGCAAUAAGUAAAAUAAAAAAAAAACAAAGAAACCAAAAUUAUAUAUAGAAAUAAUAUGAAAAAGAAAACACAAUCAUAUAGUCUAGACAUGAAAUAUGAAUGUCUUGUUAAGACUUCUAUAUCUUCUUUUAAAAAUUGAGGGUCCAAAUUACCACCGUAGUUUCUCAACUAAGGGAGGAAGAGAAGACCCUUAACCAUUAUUGUCGUUGUCGUCAUUGUCUUUCUUUCUCUUAGUUUGUCUUCUAGCACAAGAAUUUGAUAAAGUUAUAGGUCACUCUUUGUAGAUCUCUUGUGCUUGCUAGCUUUCUCUAGCACCACUAGCACCUGUAUGUUGUAUAAAAUGUUGGUCAACCCAUCAACAUUUCGCUUGAUAAGUCUCAAGUGUUGAAGGGUUCGACGUUACAGUCAAAGAAAAAAUCUAUUUUUUCAAAUCGUCGAAAACUUUCUAAAAUGUUGAUGAUUUUCUAAAAUGUCACAUUCUCUCAUAGAUUCAUUCCUCAUUAAGUCAUUAAGUCAUCCCCAGUAAUAUCAAAAAAUUUCAACCAACACAUGUUCAAGGACUACCAGUGAUUAUGGGAAAUUUGGCAUUUUUGACCUCCAAAGUUCUUGGGAUUGGAUUUUUUUUACCCCUUCUAAAUUUCAAGUUUUUCGGACAUUUUUCAACUUUUGGUGAAGGCGUGAUUAUAAUUUAUAACUACUUCUAGGGUCAAGAUGGAAUGUAAGUAAAAUAGCUCAACUAGAUAUAUAAAAUGUCGGAUCCCCACCCACACUCCCAUCUAUUUGAAAGGUAAAAAGAAAAUAGAAGCCAUAGUUUUUGUUUUGUGUCGUUGAUGUCUGAGCUGCUAGAAGAAGCAAGAAAGCAAAAUUAGUUCGUUAAAAUGACCUCCAUCUGACUCUGCCUCACCAUGCUCUGGUUGUAAGUAUCUAUUUGCUCUAGUUCGUCUUCGACGAUUUUGCAAUUUCUGGCGGCCGACACUCGUCAAUCUUUGACUGAUCAACAGUUGUUGGUGCAAAGUUUGCAGCAAUUGAUGGGCUUGGGCAUUGUACCAAGAUUCAUGCGAUCUGAUCAACUAUGUAUAUCAUUUUUUUAAUUUCAAACUAUAAAAUCCCAAACGAUUUUUAUAAAUCUUGAACUUGGGGUUUUCCAUCGAGAUUCAUGCAAUUUCAAUAGAGAUGGCAUGAAUUUCGUGCUGUGAUUAUGCAAUUUUAAUCUAGA